AUGACGACUGUGGUCGAGCUCUCGGUCGAGCUUCAUCAAGCUUUGAUGGGAUUGGCUUCGGGCGAGAUCCCCUUCUACGUCGUGCGCUGCCCUCCCAGCCUCGCCCGCAGCUUCAUCCAUGUGCUCAUCUGCAUCGAGAACGGCAUCGAGGUGCCAGUCGCUGAAGCCCAGCUUGGCAUGCCUAGCACCCUGGUCGAUAAGACCGCCAAGAACCUGCCAGCAUACAAGGUCAAACAGGCGUCCUACCAGGCGUUUUCCGCCUGUCUGGAUGCGUUCGGCCUCGGCGCGCUGCGAAGCCUUCUGCAGGUCGCUGUCGACGAGCGCAAGGGCAAGCCGAAGCGGGGACGCGGCAAGGCGAACCCACAGAAGUCGCAGAGGCUGUAUCGCAGCAUUGCUUCGAGCAACAUCGACCCGGGAGCGUCUCUCGUCUACCUGCGAAAGGAUGACCGCGCAGACACGGCGCAGAGCACCAACGAGCGUCGCGGCAUCGUGGAGCGCCUUCGAGACCGUGCUCGCUUCAACGAGAUCCUCAGCCACCUGCAGCAGCACGGCUGCACCGCCCAGGAUGCUUGCACGCUGGCGGCGCUGUUGAUCGUGGUCGUCCUGCCGAAGCCACCCCGCAACGAGCUCGUCCUGCAGGAUGCCGGCUACUUCAGCCUGCCCGACUGCGAUGGUGCUCUCUACGAGCCAAUGACGCUCGACGAGCUGGCCGUCUGGGAGCAGAUCGGCGACAUUGUCCGCAGGGAGGCGGAGUGGAAGACCAAGAUCCAGCAGGACGCGAUCAUCAAGAAAUGGCGGCAGCAGCUCGUCGACACCCACGGCUUCACACCGGGCAUGGCCGCCUACCUACUGGACGAGCUACGCUGGAUGGCGACGCUCCCCUUUGCCGCCUCUGCUCAACCUACGGGGGCCCCUGGCGUCUUCUAUCGCAGCGGCUCGCUGGACGACGCAGCCGUCGCCGAGCUCAGGGAUGCUGUCGACCGAUUCGCGGGCUCGGUGAGCGAUGCGAGCCUCGGAUGCUGUCCUGACUGCAGCUCUUUCAGCUCGCAGCUGUCGUUCCUCGUCGAUCCCUCGAUGUACGCCCUCACGGACUACACCCACCUGCAGCCGAAGCAGCGAACUGUUGCUCGCAAGCUCUCGACCCGAGCGCGAGAGUACCUGGAGGAGCUGCGCCCCAGCCUUGCCGCUGGGCCCGACCAUGACUCCGCCGUCGGUGACAUCCAGCCGCCGUACCCCCUCACGUCAGGCACGACCCAGUCCCUGACGCCGCCAUCUACGCGCGCGGUCAAGGGCGCGAUCUGGAUCCCAGCCGAAGUGCGCACGAGCAAGGCGGGCACGAGGGCGUCGUUCCUCUCGUACAUCAACGGCCUGUCGCCGUUUGACGAUGCCUCUCGUCAGCUCUAUGGCCCCAUCGCCCGAGCCUUGGCCGCCAUGCUGCCCCUCUUCGAGGCGACCCUGGCGUUUUCCCCGCUCCGUGGCGACACGGCCUUUCUGAAGGACGUCCGCAAGAGCAAGCAGCGGAAGCGACCUGUCCAGCCACGCAACGAUGCCGGACGCCCUCCGUCAUCCUCGGCGCCAGCUGCCAACACGAGCGCCAAGUCGCGCUGGCGGCCGACAGUCAGGCAGUUCGUCCCGCCUCCGCUGCGCAAGGUCAACCUCUGCGGCAAGGAGCUGCAAGUCGUCGUCCGGCUGAUCCGCGCCGAUCUCGCUCCCAACGCACCCGAGAAGCAGGGCGAGGAUUGGCACUUCCAGGGCAUGCCCUACGAAAGCAUCUGCGCGCGAGGGAUCUACUACCUCGAUUGCGACAACGUUCUGCCUCCCACCAGCUUCUUCCGUGUGGCGGUGGACGAGGACAGCAUGGAGGCCGCAAAGUACCGCCACCUGAAGGACCACCAGCUGGAGGACCUCUUCGGCUUCUCCGUCGACGAUGCCUAUGCGUGUUAUCCCCAAGAGAUCGGGAGCGUCACGCCGGAACCGGGCGCCUGCUUCACCUACCCAGCCAUGGCGGCGCGUAGCUCGAGCUCGCUGAAGCUUUGCGACCCGAGCAAGCCCGGUCACCUCACCAUCCUCGAGAUUUCCCUCGUCGAUCCUGCUCGUCCCAUGCUCUCGAGCUCGCACGUCGUGCCGCAGCAGGUCGACUGGCUGCGCGACGCAACGCUGCAGCUGACAGACCAAGAUCCACGCUGCCGCCUCAACCGACUGCCCAGGGAGGUCGUCUUCCGCAUCUUCGCCCACCUCGACUCCGUCUUGCAGCGAGACGAGCUGCAAGACAGCGACGGCUCCGCGGAGAGGACCUCGUUUACGAUCAGCCGCAAUGCUGCGCUCGAACGCAGGCGGCUCGAUCUGAAGGAGAGGGUGGCAGAGAACGAGCGAAUCGAUGCCGCCUACGAGCACUUCCGCGGCCACGUCCUCGACGCCUUCGACCUCUUUGAGCCCUCUGACGACUACCUUUACGAUGACGACUCUGACUUCGAGCCGGAUUACGACGACUUCGCAAGGGUCCUCGACCAGCUCUCUCUUGGUGGUCCGGUCUACGUCAUCCCCUCGGCCGGAAGCGCCCACAGUCGACAGGGUGGCGGUAUUGUCAGGAUCGCCUAG